CCAAAUCCAGACCCCACCAAUUUUCCUCCACACACACAAAAAAUCCCAUUUACACAAAAUCCCCAAUCCCACUCCAUUGCAGUUGCAUGCCCUUCUCAAGCCACCAGCAGAUUCACUAGCCCAAUGGCCUCCACCGCUUGUUUUCUUCACCACCACGCCCUCACCACCGCCGCCGCCGCCAGGUCCUCCGCGUCCCCGCGCCAGGUCGCGCCGCCCAAGCCUGCGCAGCACCUCCUCUGCCGUGCCCAGAAACAGCAGGCCUCUACAGAGGACGACGGCGGCGUUGUGUCUCGCCGCCUGGCUCUCACCGUCCUCAUCGGUGCCGCUGCUCUUGGCUCCAAGGUUUCUCCGGCUGACGCUGCCUAUGGAGAAGCUGCCAAUGUGUUUGGAAAGCCAAAGAGCAACACAGACUACUUGCCAUACAAUGGAGAUGGAUUCAAGCUUUCAAUUCCUUCAAAGUGGAACCCAAGCAAAGAAAGGGAAUUCCCAGGCCAAGUUCUUAGAUACGAAGACAACUUCGAUUCCAACAGCAAUCUUAGUGUAAUUAUUAACCCAACUGACAAGAAAUCCAUCACCGACUAUGGCUCCCCUGAAGAAUUCCUUGCCAAGGUUGACUAUUUGCUGGGGAAACAAGCCUACUUCGGAAAGACUGCUUCUGAGGGUGGAUUCGACCCAGACGCAGUGGCAACAGCGAAUGUGUUGGAGAGUUCGGUGUUGAAUGUCGGAGGGACGCCGUACUACUUCGUGUCUGUGUUGACAAGAACUGCAGAUGGAGAUGAGGGUGGGAAGCACCAGCUGAUCACAGCCGCUGUGAAGGAUGGGAAGCUUUACAUUUGCAAGGCACAAGCAGGAGACAAGAGGUGGUUUAAAGGAGCCAGGAAGUUUGUGGAGGGUGCAGCUAGUUCUUUCAGUGUUGCUUAAGCUUGAGAGAGAGAGAGAGAGAGAGAGAGAGAGAGAGAGAGAGAGAGAGGUGUUUGUUGUAUAUUAUGGAGAACAUUAUCUUGACCAAUGAAAGGGAUUGUCAAUGUUUGUUAUUGAAAUGCUGUUAAUGGCCUUAUUUUUUUGUGGUUCUCCACAGUUGUUAAGGGUUGGGUUAAUGAAGCUUAAAAGGAAGGACCAUCAUUCUACUUU